AUGAGUGAGUUCCGGAUCCACCAUGAUGUCAAUGAACUGCUCAGCCUGCUGCGUGUCCAUGGGGGCGACGGCGCUGAGGUCUACAUCGACCUCCUGCAGAAGAACAGGACCCCGUACGUCACAACCACUGUCUCUGCCCACAGUGCCAAGGUUAAAAUAGCAGAAUUCUCUCGCACUCCGGAAGAUUUCCUGAAGAAGUACGAUGAGCUGAAGUCUAAAAACACACGGAGCCUGGACCCACUAGUGUACCUGCUGGCGAAGCUCACAGAGGACAAGGAGACCCUGCAGUACUUACAGCACAAUGCAAAAGAGCGGGCAGAGCUGGCCUCCAGUACUGCAGCCAGCUCUGCCCCCAGCUUCAGCGGCCCCGCCUCAGCUGCCAAGAUCACCACGCAGGAGCUUGAGGAGCUGAGGAGGCAGCUCGGCACUGUGGCCACAGGCUGCACACUGCAGCAGUCUCUGGAACUUACCAGAAAGAUGCUGCGAGAGAAGCAGAAGAAGAGGAACUCGGGCCAGCAGCUGCCCGUGUUCCCAGCGUGGGUGUAUGAGCGACCUGCUCUGACUGGGGACUUCCUGACCGGCUCGGGGAUGGGCGCGGACACAGCUCUGCCCAUAGGCACGCUGCCCCUGACCUCCCAGGAGUCGGCCGUGGUGGAGGACCUGCUCUAUGUGCUGGCCGGUGUGGACGGCAGGUACAUCACUGCGCAGCCCCUCACGGGCCGGCAGAGCCGAACUUUCCUCGUGGACCCCAACCUGGAUCUCUCUGUCCGGGAGCUGGUGAACAGGAUCCUCCCGGUGGCCGCCAGCUACUCCACUGUGACCAGGUUCAUUGAGGAGAAGUCGUCCUUCGAGUAUGGGCAGGUGAACCACGCCCUAGCGGCCGCCAUGCGCACACUGCUGAAGGAGUACCUGAUUCUCCUGACGCAGCUGGAGCAGCUGCAGAGGCAGGGCCUACUGUCAUUGCCGAAGCUCUGGUUCUAUAUCCAGCCCACCAUGCGCACAGUGGACAUCCUGGCCUCGCUCGCCACGUCGGUGGAUAAGGGCGAGUGUCUGGGAGGCUCGACCCUCAGCCUUCUGCACGACAGGAGCUUCAACUACACAGGGGACAGCCAGGCCCAGGAGCUGUGUCUGUACCUGACCAAGGCCGCCAGCGUGCCCUACUUCGAGAUCCUGGAGAAGUGGAUCUACCGGGGAAUCAUUGACGACCCGUACAGUGAGUUCAUGGUGGAGGAACAUGAGCUGCGGAAGGAGAAGAUUCAGGAGGACUACAAUGACAAGUACUGGGACCAGCGGUACACCGUGGUGCAGCCGCACAUCCCGUCCUUCCUGCAAAAGAUGGCAGACAAGGUCCUGAGCACAGGAAAAUACCUGAAUGUGGUGCGGGAGUGUGGCCACGACGUCACCUGCCCGGUGGCCAAGGAGAUCACAUACACGCUGAAGGAGCGGGCAUACGUGGAGCAGAUAGAGAAGGCCUUCAACUACGCCAGCAAGGUGCUCCUGGACUUCCUGAUGCAGGAGAAAGAGCUUGUAGCUCACCUGAGGUCCAUCAAGCGCUACUUCCUGAUGGACCAGGGGGACUUCUUCGUGCACUUCAUGGACCUGACUGAGGAAGAACUGAAGAAGCCUGUAGAUGCCAUCACACCGCCCCGUCUGGAAGCCCUGCUGGAGCUGGCCCUUCGCAUGAGCACGGCCAACACGGAUCCCUUCAAAGAUGACCUGAAGAUUGAUCUGAUGCCCCACGACCUCAUCACCCAGCUCCUCCGGGUCCUGGCCAUUGAGACCAAGCAGGAGAAGGCACUGGUCAGUGCUGAGCCCACAGAGCUCACGCUGAGCGGCCUGGAGGCCUUCUCCUUCGACUAUGUUGUCAAGUGGCCUCUGUCGCUGAUCAUCAACAGGAAAGCGCUGACCCGCUACCAGAUGCUCUUCCGGCACAUGUUCUACUGCAAGCACGUGGAGCGGCAGCUCUGCAGCGUCUGGGUCAGCAACAAGACCGCCAAGCAACAUGCCCUGCACUCAGCCAAGUGGUUUGCGGGUGCGUUCACUCUGCGGCAGCGAAUGCUUAACUUUGUUCAGAACAUCCAGUACUAUAUGAUGUUUGAAGUGAUGGAGCCCACCUGGCAUGUCCUGGAGAAGAACCUGAGAUCUGCCUCUAACAUCGACGAUGUGCUGGGCCACCAUACCAGCUUCCUGGACAACUGCCUCAAGGACUGUAUGCUGACCACCCCCGAGCUGCUCAAGGCCUUCUCCAAACUCAUGUCUGUGUGUGUCAUGUUCACCAACUGUAUGCAGAGAUUCACGCAGAGCAUGAAGCUGGACAGUGAGCUGGGCCGCCUGACCCUGGAGCACGGAACCAUGCAGGGGCCACCCACAGAGGCCGAGCGUGCCGUGGAGAACACUCGGAAGAAGCUUGCCAAGAAGCACCUGGCCGAGCACAUGGACGCACCACAGGUGACGUGUGGCUUUGAGGCCACCAUCAACAAGUUUGACAAGAACUUCUCUGCUCACCUCCUCGACCUCCUGGCCCGGCUGAGCGUCUACAGCACCAGUGAUUGUGAGCACAGCAUGGCCAGUGUCAUCUCCAGGCUGGAUUUCAACGGCUUCUACACGGAACGCUUGGAGCGCCUGUCUGCAGAGAGGAGCCAGAAGGUGGCCCCCCACAUACCUAACCCGAGGGGACCACCAGCGGCAUCUGUACCCAGGAUCCCAGUUGCCGCCCAGUGA